AUGGCAGACAUAUUCACAGCCAUCACCAGCAACAUCACAGUUUCAAAUAUCAACAAGGGAGUGCCAGCUAAAGCCGUCCUAUCCAUGACACCGUCUUUUUUCUUCCUCUACAUAAAUGUUGUCAUGCUAAUCACCCUGAGGAGUAAGGCCAUCUUCCGAGAGACCUCCCGGUACAUCCUGUUCACCAACAUGCUGUUAGCAGACUCCCUGAACCUGGCCUUCUGUAUGUUGAUGUAUAGCUUUGCUAUCUUCAGAGUGUACUUCACUGGUUUAGUGUGUCUCAUUUUGGUGCUUGCUGGAGGUGUCAUCUCUCUUAUCUCCCCACUCAGCUUGGCCGUGAUGGCUUUGGAGCGGUACAUCGCCAUCUGCUUCCCGCUGAGGCAUGCUGAGAUCACCACAUGCAGAAGGACAGGCAUGGCCAUCGCCAUUGUAUGGGCUCUGGGCUCAGUGCAGUCUUUCACCAGCUUGAUAUGGUUUUUGAUCUCAGGACCGCUUGUCUCCACAUCGGGUUUCUGCUCCAGAUUACUCAUGCCUGCCCUGGAGGUGUACUCAGACAUAAAUAAUACAUUCACAAUCAUCUACUUCCUGUCAGUGGGGAUCACCAUCGUCUACACAUACAUUGGCAUUGUUGUGGCUGCGAGAUCUGUUUCCUCAAACAAACUUUCAGCUGCUAAGGCCCACAGGACUGUAUUACUGCACUUGAUUCAGCUGGGGCUUUGUCUUUCGUCUAUUCUGUUUGACACCAUUGUUGAAGUAGUGCGUGCACGCUUGGACCUAUUUGCUGUUUUACAUUUGCAGUAUAUCCUGUUCCUGGGACUGAUCAUCCUCCCCAGAUGCCUGAGCCCGCUCAUAUAUGGUUUGAGAGAUCAGACAUUCAGGCCUCUUUUUAUAUACUAUGUCACUUUUGGUUUGAGUACCACCUGUAAAGAGUUGAAGAUAUCAGUAGUGUUUAAAAGUAGUUAAAAAGAAUACCUGCAAGU